UCUUUUGUUGAUUAGGACAGCGCUAUGGCGAUGUUUGGGGAGAGGAGCUGGAGCGUUAACGCUUUCGGUGCUGGGAUUGAUCAAAGGCGUAGUGCUUGUGGAGCCCAAAUUGCCUGGCCAUCCCCAGAUGAUCAUGGAAGCUGCUGCUCGAUUCACAGGAUACGGGAAUCCAAGAUUGUCGCUUGCCUCAGGGCUCACAGCUCAAAGCUGGCACUAGAUGCUGCUCGCGCUGCAUUGGAUGGAGGAUUGGACGUGCUCGAAGUAACUAUGACUACUCCAGGAGCUAGCAAGGUGAUCGCCACGUUGGUUCACGAGUAUCCAUCAGCACUUAUAGGAGCUGGGACUGUUUUAUCUCUCGAUCAAGCUGAGGAGGCCAAGGCUAGCGGAGCAACGUUUCUCCUAAGUCCCAUCACCGUGAAGGAGCUCGUGGAAAUCCACUCGUUCGGGCCUGUGUUGUUCGUCCCAGGAGCAAUGACACCAACAGAAGUGUAUACUGCUCAUAGCUAUGGAGCACACAUUGUCAAGAUUUAUCCCACAGACCUCGCUGGUGGUGUCAAGUACGUGAGAUCGCUGCGAAAGUUGCUAGCUCACAUCCCUAUGAUCGCUUCUCAAGGAAUCACACUUGAGAUGAUCCGGCCUUACUUGGAUGCCGGAGCCUCGGCAGUGGUUCUCUCGGACGCAAUCUUCGACUCAAGCUCACUGUCAAGCUCUUGUUUCGCGAAAAUCACGCAGCAAGCCUCGGUAGCGGUGAAAGAAGCUGCAAAGAAUGCGCGGUGAAAGAUCUCGCGCAAAGAAUCCUUGUCGAGAAAAAAAUUCCAUCAAAGAGCGAGCGCUCGCGAGAAGAACGUAUCGCGAACUUCUGGAAAGAAUUUCCGAGAAAGGAAUCUCGAAGCAUCUAGCGCGCUUUCCAUU